AGGCGGGAUUACUGCAGACUGAGCAGAGGGAAGCUAAGCAACCAACGUCGAAGCGGCUGGAUGCUUCGCGGCCUGGUAGGCUGUUGUAUGUCUGGGAAGAAGGAAACGUAACGUUAUAAAGUAUUUAUUCCUACUUGGACGGAUUAUCACACUAGUGUGACGCCACGGAUCAACGCUCUUGAGUGGAGCUUGAUCAGGAAGAAGACAAACAGGAGACCAGAAAGUAAAGAGGAAAUAACUGUAAGUGGUCAUGGCCUACUCCAGCUACAGCAGCCUGAGCAGGGCUCAGCUCACCUUUGAGUACCUGCACACAAAUUCGACAACCCAUGAGUUCUUGUUUGGAGCGUUGGCGGAGCUUGUGGACAAUUCAAGAGAUGCUAAUGCCACACGAAUCGACAUCUACACAGAGAAAAAGCCAGAGCUGCGGGGAGGCUACAUGCUCUGUUUUCUGGAUGAUGGUACUGGAAUGGACCCUAAUGAGGCAACCCAUGUCAUUCAGUUUGGAAAGUCGAACAAACGGUCGCCUGAGUCCACUCAGAUUGGCCAGUAUGGAAAUGGACUGAAAUCUGGCUCUAUGCGUAUUGGGAAGGAUUUCAUCUUGUUCACAAAAAAGGGUGACACACUGACUUGCUUGUUCCUGUCAAGAACUUUCCAUGAAGAGGAGGGACUAGAUGAGGUGAUAGUGCCCCUACCCUCCUGGGAUCUGAAGACCAAGGAGCCAUUGACCUCUGAUCCAGAGAAAUAUGCCAUAGAGACUGAGCUGAUCUUCAAAUACUCGCCUUUUAAAAACGAGAAGCAGCUGAUGGAGCAGUUCAACAAAAUAGAAAGCAGCAGUGGAACUCUUGUGAUCAUCUAUAAUCUGAAGCUGAUGGACAACAGAGAGCCUGAGCUGGAUGUGGAGACAGACCACCAGGACAUACUGAUGGCUGGGACACAUUCUGAAGGAGUGAAACCAGAGAGAAGAUCGUUCAGGGCGUAUGCUGCUGUUUUGUACAUUGAUCCACGCAUGAGGAUUUUUAUCCAGGGACAUAAAGUCAGGACUAAGAGACUGUCCUGCUGUCUUUAUAAACCAAGGGUUUACAAAUACUCAUCUACUCGUUUCAAAACUCGUGCUGAGCAAGAGGUCAAGAAAGCAGAUCACCUCGCUAAGAUUGCGGAGGAGAAAGCCAGAGAGGCUGACAGUAAGCGCAUGGCUUUGGAGGCCAGAUUAGGAGAGGACCUGUCAAAAGAUUCACGGGCAGUUCUGAGAAAGGUUCAGGACGCAGCCAUGAUGCUCCGACGGGAUUCUGACAUGAAGAAAAGGAUUCUCGAAGCCAAACAAAAAGCAUUAAAGGAGCCCAAGGAGCUGAAUUUUAUAUUUGGAGUGAACAUUGAACAGAGGGACCUAGAUGGGAUGUUUGUGUACAACUGCUCUCGUCUCAUCAAAAUGUAUGAGAAGACAGGGCCCCAGCUGGAGGGAGGCAUGGCUUGUGGAGGUGUGGUUGGAGUAGUGGAUGUCCCAUAUUUGGUUCUUGAGCCAACUCAUAACAAACAAGACUUUGCAGAUGCUAAGGAGUAUCGACAUUUACUGAAAUCCAUGGGGGAACAUUUAGCUCAGUACUGGAAGGACACUAACAUUGGUAAAGUGAAGUUCUGGGAUGAGUUUGGAUAUCUGUCUGCCAGCUGGUCUGCACCGCCAUCCUCAGAACCACGAUAUAAGAGACGUCGGGCCAUGGAGAUACCAAUCACUAUUCAGUGUGAUAAGUGUUUAAAGUGGAGAACGCUGCCAUUCCAGAUGGAUGCUGUGGACAAACGCUACCCAGACAGUUGGGUUUGUCUCAUGAAUCCUGACAGCACUCAGGACAGGUGUGAUGCACCUGAACAGAAGCAAAAUUUGCCAUGUGGGGUUCUGAAGAAAGACAAGCUGACAGCUGAAGACAAACAGAAAGAACUGGCAGAGAAAAUUAAACAGCAGCAAGAGAAACUAGAGGCUUUGCAGAAAACCAACACCAUCAAAUCUGCAGCAGAUGUAAAGAAGCUACCACUGGAGGUCAGCAUGAAGCCAACAGAGAGCUCUUCUCAGGCAACUAGAUCUUCUGAGAGGUUCACAACACGGCCCCGCUCUCCGCCACUCCCAGCUCACCUCAAAAAUGCCCCGAGUGCCCCUUCAACUCGUGCUAGUUCUCAGCGCCCCACUCGGACACCCCCUGCUCCCCCACCACCAUCCAAAGUUGAAUCAUCCAGAACUAAAACUGUGGCAAAGGCUCCUCCACCUGCAAAGCCAGUCCCCAAGGCUACGCCAAAAACACCCCCACCAAGCCGCAGCUCACGGACAUCUGCCAAAGCAGCACCUCCCAAACCAGCAGCUACUGGACAACGCAAGAGGAUAAUAGAGCUGGAGGACAGUGACGAGGAGGAAGAAGAGGAGGAAGAGGAGGACAGUGAGGAAGAGAGUGAAGAAAAAGAACCACAGACAAAGAAAUCCACAAUGGCCACAGCAGCUGUUAACCAUGGGAAAGUGGUAGAGAAGGCUCCACCUCCCAAACGGGGCAGGUUGGACGAGGUUAACACACACUCUCAGCCUGGGAAGAAAGGGGUUUCUGCUCCCACGCGGCACACACAAAGUACAGCACCCUCUGACCCUAAAUCCAUUUCCAUGCAACUGCAAGGGGCUAAAGCCAAGCCACCUGAGAAGCCUGCACAGCAGGAACCAGAGAAUGACACUAAAAAUGCUCAGAAGGAUAAGGGUCUGCAGGUUGAAGUACGUGUCAAUAAGGAGUGGUACACAGGCAAAGUUAUUGCUGUGGAGUUAAAUAAGCAGAGCGUUCGCUGGAAAGUUAAAUUUGACUACGUACCUACAUCCACCCCCAAAGACCGAUGGGUGUUUAAGGGUAGCGAUGAAGUGCGGUUGAUGCGGCCGCCAUCUCCAAUCUCUCAGAUACCCGACACCCAGCAGGAGACUGAGAAGGGGCCGGCACCCAUGGAGCCGGACACUACUCAACCAGGAACCAGUCGAGAAGUGACUGAUAGCCUGGUCACCAUGUUGAGAACAAUGCUGCGUUACUUCUUCCCUCCUGCUUUUCGAAUUCCCAAGGAUGAUGUUAACAGCAUGACUGCUGAGGAGUUGGUGGCCUUUCCUCUGAAAGAGUAUUUCCAGCAGUAUGAAUCAGGACUGCAGUCGUUGUGCAACUCUUACCAAAGCAGAGCUGAUGCCCGGGCCAAAGCUGUGGAAGAGAAGAACAGCAGCACUGAGGUCAAACUGAAGGAGGCAGAUGAGAAAUUACAGAAACUAAGAACAAACAUAGUAGCACUUCUGCAAAAAGUGCAAGAGGACAUUGACAUAAACACAGAUGACGAGCUUGACGCCUACAUAGAGGACCUCCUUACCAAAGGUGAUUAAUAAGAAGACAGAAAAGAGAGAGAGAGAGAGAGAAGAGAACAUGCAUAUAAACAGUUUUUAUACAGGCCAUGGCUUGCUGUUGGUUCCCCAAGGACACAUGCAGAGUUGGCUGUGAAUAUUUGGGGAUAUUGUUGAUCCUUCCACUUGUUAAAUCAGACUGUGAUACGUUUAGUCUUGAUCAUUUCAGCAUUUAGUAAAUAACUGUGCACUCUGACUCUGGGCAGGUUCUCUGGUAUUCCUACAUUGUUGGAUAGCCCUCUGGUCUGUGGUUUUCUUUUAGCCUUUUUUAUAUACCUGCUUAUAUAUGUUAAUCUGUGUUUAAGCCAUCCUAUCCUCAUUGAUUAUUUGUGUAGGUUUAAUGCAGUUUAGGCUCCCUUUAUAUAGCCAUCUAUUGCUGUAGAUGACAUUUGUCAUUAUGGUCCAUUGUCGGGUAAGAACUGGAAGUGACUCAAGACUGGGGCUUGGCUAGGCUUGUGCUCAGCACUCCUGCCUUUACUUAAACAUAACUUUUUAUUUAUGUAUA